GGCAAUGUCCACACCACUCCUCUUCCAAUCAAAGAUCCUCUGUUUCUCUCUCCUCUACCUCUUCUCCUCUCUCUUCCUCGCUCUCUAUUUUGCCAUCUCCCCUACCAAAUGCCUCUUCCGAUCAUCCCCAUUUGAUCCCAUUCAGGCCCCUCUCUUCUCUUACCCUCAUUCUUAUGGAGAGCACAAAUAUGCCAUCCCUACCCUUCGCUCUUCUUGCGAUUCCCCUGUUUACUUCUCAGAUUAUUGGAUGGUUUUGAAGGAAAUUCAAAAUUUUUGUCAGAAUUCGUCGUAUGGUUCACAGAUUUUGAGGUAUAUGCAGGGGACAGCUGAUAGCUUUGGUGGGAAUUUCAGUACCCAGAAGAGGAUUUCUUUUUUCAAUCAUCAAGAUGAUGAAAUCGAGAUUCCCUGUGGAUUCUUUAAGAAAUUUCCUAUCUCAAACUCUGAUCGAAUUGCGAUGGAAAAAUGUAAUGGAGUUGUUGUAGUCUCAGCAAAUUUUGGUGACCAUGACAAAAUCCGGCAGCCGAAAGUCCUUGGAUCCAAAACCCUAGAUAUUGUUUGUUUCUUUAUGUUUGUAGAUGAAAUCACUCUAAAAGGACUUGCCUAUCACAAUUUAAUUUCAAGAAAAUCCAAGGAAUAUAAAAUAGGUGCAUGGAGAAUUGUAAAGAUCUCAACGGAGCAGUUAUAUGAGAAUGCAGCUAUGAAUGGGGUGAUACCUAAAUUCUUAGUUCAUAGACUCUUUCCAAACUCGAAAUACAGUAUUUGGAUAGACGGAAAGUUGCAGCUAGUGAUUGAUCCACUGUUGUUGAUUCAUUCUCUUAUUAUUUCGGAGAAUGUGGAUAUGGCUAUGUCUAGGCAUCCAUUCUACAUUCAUACUAUGGAAGAAGCGAUGGCGACUGCAAGGUGGAACAAAUGGUGGGAUGUUGAUUCGUUGAAGACACAGAUGGAGACAUAUUGUGAGAACGGAUUGCAGCCAUGGACACCCGAAAAGCUCCCUUAUACAACAGAUGUACCAGAUAGUGCUUUAAUACUAAGGAAGCAUAGUGUGGCCAACAAUAUUUUCUCCUGCCUAAUGUUCAAUGAAUUGGAAGCUUUCAACCCAAGAGAUCAACUGCCAUUUGCAUAUGUAAGAGACCUCAUGAACCCUAAGAUGAAGAUGAACUUGUUUGAUGUGGAAGUGUUUGAACAAGUAGCAAUUGAGUAUAGACACAACAUUAAAAAUGUUGGGCCCACAUCCAGGAAAGGGACCAAGACCAAGCGGGCAACCCCUGGUUUGUUUGUUAAUGGUAGUUGUAGCAAGUGUGACAGGUAUCUUUUAAAAAUGUGGGGUGAAUCCCAUGAUUGAUUUUUGUCUCUUUGAUUUUUUUUUUUUUUUUGCA